UAGAGGGGCUUGCAUGGCGACACAGAGGGGAGGUCAUGAUGGAGAGACGCAGAGAGAAAGGGGGAGAGAGGAAAAAGGAACAAGACAGAGAGAACUGAGAGGAGCAUCUGAGAGGAUAACUGCCUGUUUGCUCACUCUUGUGUUCUUGCUCCCCCUCCUGUCCAUUCACUUCCACUCACAGCACAAACGCUCAGACAGCUAGGUAGGCACAGCAGAGCUCAGAGCUCUGAGGGAUGGAUAAAAAGGUUCCCACGUGAAAGGCAUGAAUCCACGGAAGAAGAGGAGGGUGAGCUAGAAGAAGACACAGCCAGAGAGGAGAGGAGGAAGAGGUGAGGAGGAGAGGAAAGGGAGACAGGAGAGGAGCAGAUGGACUCUACACAGAGGAAAGGAAACGGUGCGAAGCUCACCGAGCAGCAGUGACAGAGAGGUGGGAAUAAAAGCAAACAUGAACGUCAGAGGGAUGGAAGAAUGGGAAGAAGAGACGUGAAGGAACAGCGGAGAAGAGGAGUGAGCAUUUGUGGGGGAAAGAGACAACACAGAGGGAAACAGGAAGAGAGAGAUGUGGAGCUCCCUGUGUCUUCAGCCAUGAGAGAGUGACUCACUGAGAGAAGAGCUGUGAAAGAAAGAAACAGGGUGAGAGGGAUAAAAUCAAAAGGAAGAGAGGGAGAACAAAAAAAAAAAAGUUACAGGAGAUAGGCCAUUAUGGGGAAGAACGCAGGCCCAUCACAUACUUUGUCCAUCCAAUCUCCUGAGGGCCCAGGGGACAACACAGGCAGACAAGGAGGGCCCGCCAAGUAGACAAGCCAAUGUGAUGGGCACAGAGAGGAUGGACAAGUUGCACUCCCCUCCUCCGGCCUCAUCAAGAGUUCAUCUCCCUGGAAAGUUAAAGAGAAAUGGGAAUAAGAACCAAAAGUGCACAAUUUCUGAAGACAUGGAACAAGUAUGGACACUUCUCCCGUGCAGAUUUUAAAGAAUAUUUGAUGCUGCAUAUAUUUAUUUUUGUAUGAACAUAAGAGUAAAGACCCACAAUGUUCUUUGGGUUAGCAUUUAUCUGAGUUAUCUAUACUCAAUUUCUACUUGAUGUGCUUAAUAUUGCUACAUGUUGAACUGUGAAUAUGGUCAUCCAUCCUUUCUUGAGGACAAUCUUACUCGCAAAGGAAGUCCUUGGUAUAUAGAUCUGAGAUAACCUGAGCGGCUGCACACAAUCCUAUAAAGAGACAGCUACAUUCUCAGUCUGCUCUGGGAUGAAACUGGAACUCAGUCAAUCAAUUGUACAGAUCUCUCACUGUUAUAACUAAUGUAAAGGAGAGGUCACUUCUCUUGUUGACACACUAACACAACUGGGCUUUUACAACAUCAAACUGCCUAGAGAGCCUGUGGAUGUUGGGGGAGCAAGAGAGACAAGAGAAAUGGUGAGCAAAGAGCCCAACCACUUGCUCACAGGCCAAACCAACGGCAAGAGCACUUUGGCGGACAAGUUGCCCGGGACAAUGACUGUGCGCUCUGUUCUGCUCAAUCGAGACUCCCCAGAUAUUGAGAGCCGCCUCAAGCGGCGCCGCAACCGUACCCACCAGGUCCGCUUUAAAGACCUGGAGGAUGGCAGCAGCAGCAGCGGCAACAGUGGAACAGGAGAAAACAAUAGCCAUCAGAGGCCUGCCACAGACUGUGACAGCCCACAUCCUCUUCGUAAACACAGCAGCAGAUCCCCCCAGCCAUGGACCGACAGGGAUGGGCCACGGACCGACAGUCUACCUGGCCAAACCUCUGUGGUGGGGGCCGUUCGUGGAGACAUGGCAAGUACUAUAGAAGUGGUGGCUGCUUUCUUAGCCAGGGCCCCUCCCCAUCCAUUGACGCCGGGUCCCACACGUCGAUGCUGGGCUCCACCCCAGACUAACUCCCUAACCUUGCCAAUGACACGCAGGCCCAAUACAAGCACCAGCACAGCCAUCCAGACCUCCCCAUGCUUGAAAAAGCCCCAGUCCCUUUCUUCCACCCACACACGUAGCCACAGCCUUGGGGACUCAGUAGGCGUGGAUGGGGAUGACGAACAUGACUCUCAAGAUGAAUAUCUUACGCAUAACCAUGUGUUGCUGCCUGGGUCCAAGGACCAGAACGGUCCUCCUGGUCCUGGGGAUCGAACUCUGGUGGAACGGAGGUCUAGAGCCUCAAGGACAGACAUGAAAUCAGCUGUGAGUGUGGUAAAAAGCUCAAGGCACAGCUGUCCCCCUUCAGUCCUUCACAGCGCUGAGCCAUGUCACUGUUCCUCUGUAUCCUGCCGUGAUGGCCCCAAGCGGCAGGGAAGCAGCACUCCAUCGACGGUCAGGAGGAGAAAGCGGCUGAAUAGGACAACAAGUGAUCCUGGAAAGGAAGUGCACUACUGCACUACUCCCACUCAGACUGAGAGCCCCAGUCCGUCCCCGCCGCUCGCAAACACCAAACUCUGCACCACUCAAGUUCAAACUGAGAGCCCCUCCCCAUCGCAAAACUCAAAGUAUUGCACCGCCCAAAGUCAAACUGAAAGCCAACAUCAGUCUCCACCUUUGAGUGAUAAACAAUGCACAACCCAAAUUCAAAUCCCCAACUCUUGUCCAGCCCUACCUCCAAAUGCGGAACAGUGCACCACUCAAAUACAAACAGACUCUCCCCGUCGCUCGCCUCUAGAUAAUCAACCUUGCGCCACCCAGACACAAACGUGCAGUCCCUGUGCUUCCCCACCUCUCACAGUAACACCCAGUUCAGUGCAAAUUCAAUCUGAGAGUCCCGUGUCCCCAACUGAGACUCAAGACCCUCCCACCACCCAAAUAACUACUGUGCCUUACUCUACCUCUCCCCCACCUACAAGUGCACCACCACAGAACCCUGAACACUGCGCUAAGCCACCUUGCUCCUCUCCAGCCAAGCCAACUUGCACCACCCCACCUCCGCCCAUAGCACUGCCCAUUCCUUGCUCCACUUCUGCACCUACUGUUACCCAACACCCUAUACCCUAUUUUACUGUUGUGUCACCACCAACAACCCCCAGCACAGCUGUUGUCUGUGCCACUCCUUCCUCAACUGCACCAUCAUGUCCCACUCAAACCUGCACCUCUCCGAUCUCAAACACAACAUCAUCCACUCCCUUAACCUGUUCCACCCCUACCCCAACUGCAACCCUCAAUGUAACUCCCGUUGACCCCCCCAGACAUCCAACCACUGCCCCAAACGUGACACAUCAACCCCUGUACAAUGCAUCAAACGCUGCACCUCCCCCAAAUCUAACACCCUGUACGUUUGUAACUCAAACUGCCCUGUCUUGCACCUCUAUAUCAUAUUACACUACCACACACCCAGCUGGUCCCCAUGCCCCUCACCCGAAUUCUACUUCACCUUCUUAUGCGACUCUAAUACAAACUGUAUCUCAUUGCAACAUCCCAUGUCAAGCGCUUCAAAAUACUUCCUCUGCCAACACAGGCAUAACCCCCUACUCCUCCCCCGUCCCAAACCUAAAAUCUUGCACUUCUCCGCCUCCACUUGUGAAAACUUAUGCGUCCACUCUUCCAAAUGUGCAACCGUGUGCAACACCAACUAAAACUGUUCCUCUGUACUCUUCCACAUUUCGUGCUGCGCCACCAUACACCCCCCCCUCUCAGGCCUCCUACAAUGCUCAGGAUAAGAGGGGCAUUCGACUUCCACCUCCUCCCCCACCACCUCCGCCCUACACGCCUCGUAAAAAGGGAAAUGAUCCACCAGGUCCUGCGAUCCGAACACCCAUGCUCAGGGCAGACAGCAAGGCCAGCGAGAAAGAUAAAGACAGGGAGAAGGAGAAAAAGGAAGGUAUAAAAUGUACAGACUCACCCAAGCUCUGUGAGAGAGCCAGCUCUCUGAAGCACAGAGCUCAAACCCCGCCAGUUGCUGUGAUGAAGGGAGAGAAGCAGUCCUCCUCAUCCUCUCCUGCCAAGGCCUGUUUUAAGCCCAGCUGUCUCAGCUCAGCUCAGGCUCAGCUUGGGGCACUACACAAAAUGCUCUGCUCAGGAGCCAACGCCAGGCCCAACACACCCAACAGCCAACACCCUCUUCCUCCAAACCAGCAGGGUUGCUCUGGAGCCAGGGGCUGCUCUGCUCCUGGGGAGCGGUCUACAGCUGGGCCCCUGACUGCCACCCAAGCUGACACACUAAGACAGGUCCAGGAAAUCCUGGGAGGGUUAGUGUCUGGGGCAAGGUGUAAAUUGGACCCGUCCAGAGUGACAGAAAAGCUCCUGAGUCCCAAUGGACCCCUGCAUGAUAUUCGUAGCCUGCAGAACCAGCUCCACAGCUUGGAGGGGGUCCUGGAGACCAGCCAGAACACCAUUAAGGUCCUGCUGGAUGUCAUUCAAGACCUUGAGAAGAAGGAAGCUGAGAGAGACGGAAGACAUUCCUACAGGACCGGACAGGACAUUGAGAACUGUGGGACCUGCAGGGACUGUGCCUGCAUCAUCUACAGUGUGGAGCAUGACUUUCGUCUGCAGGAAGGGCAGGUGGUACGCACAUGGAAGGUGGGCGACCCUCCGGAGGGCUCACCGCAGCCCUCCACUCCCCAGGCCACCACACCCCACCAACAAGACUCCCCUCAAGCGGUGCGGCCGCCUGCCACCAACAAGAAGAACAGGAAGAAAUGCUUCUGGUUCCUCUGAGCGCCCAGAGGAAGAAGCAAGAGACAUUUUGAUACUGUAAUGCACUGCAUACCCUUCUUUAAAAAAAAAAAAAAAAAAAAAAAAAACUACAAAUGAUUAACUACGGUGGUUUGAUUGCAAAAUGAGUGUGGAAUGAACUUGGAGAAUUAAAAUUCAAACACAAAGCUGUGGGAGGAGAAAGAGCCACAGAGGUUGUGGUUUUAGCUGUUGCUGUUGGAGUUGAUGAGAAUGGUUUGACUGGGGCGUACAUGUUGUUACUGCUCUUAAAAUGCCUCUUCAGCACUUACAGGUUUGAUACUGGUGCAGGGAAGUAAAAGUGCUGAAGUCAAAUAAAAGCAAAAGUUCAGUCCACAAUAUGAGUCACAGUUAGGAAGCAAUUAGGAGAUAUAAAGAGAAUAUAUAGAGGGUGGAACGGGGGCAAGGGGCACAGUACAACAGGCAAUACAGCAGAGAGGAUAGAGCAUAUUUAUAAAAGAUUAAAUGAAUAGAGUUUCUAGGCAAAAAGACAGAGUGGAAGGAUUCAUCUUCAUUAAUGGACUUCAUUAAUGGGUCAGAACACCAGCUUUUAUAUCCAGAGACAUUUAAAAAGAAUUAUUAUGACCUGUAUUUAAAACUUUUAAUAUACUGUAAUUGAUGACAAACUGCUAUACGUGUCCACAUGCACAUACAGCACACACAUGAACACAUACAUGAACACAUGAACUGACACAUUUACAUAAAAAGCAAAUAUAAAAUGAGAAAAUGGGGUGAAUUGAGUUCUGUACAUAUCAGAGCUAUUCUGCUUGGAUGCUAUAUUUCAGAUAUGGAUUACUGCUCUAUAAAAGUAUUUUACCACA